CGAAUAAGAGAGAAAUUAAAAUAAUCGACAAAGAAUCUGCUCCAGUAAUGCUCACGUUAUGGGACAAUUAUGCAAUAAAUGAAGGAAGCAAAUUGAUGGAUAUUAUAGGAGAAAAUCCUGUGAUUGCUUUUUCAUCAAUUAAACAGAUAGACUACCAAGGUGGCUCACUUGGUACAACAUCAUUUACAACAAUUGAUAUAAAUCCAAUGAUCACAGAAGCGGAUGAAUUAAAAAAAUGGUUCACAUCAAAAAAUGGAUCGAAGAAAAUACUUCUCAAAGCUUCUAACGAAGAUAAAUACAAGAAAGUUGAACGGAUUGAAAUGAAAGAUUUAAUGGACAAAGAAUAUAAAACAAUCCUGAAUCAAUAUUAUUAUUUUGAAGGAAAUAUUGUAAAUCUGGAGAAUGAAAAGCUAUGGUACAAUGCAUGCAAAACAUGCAAAAAAAAGGUACAAUUAAAGGGAGAUCAUGCAACAUGUGACAAAUGUCAAAAUGAUGAUACAGAAUAUACACAGAAGUACUUCGGAAAAUUCAAGAUCAAAGACUCAACUGAAAUAAUAACUGUGACAAUCUUUGAGGAACUUGAAACACUUAUAGGAUGUUCAGCAAUUGAAUAUGCAAGAUCAUCAGAAAAGUACAAACAAAAAUUGGAUGUGUGCCUAUCAAAGAACUAUUAUUUCUACUUCAAAAUGGAUUCAAAAAAUGAAGGAAGUCGAAAAUCAAGAAGCAUUGUUAUCGAUACUAUGAAAGAACGAAAUGCGCAAAAAAGAAGCAUCAUAGAUGUUGAGGACGAUGAAGACAAAAAAGGAAAAAAAAUUAAAAUAGAGAAAGAUUAA